AUUUGGCAGAAACUCGUUUCACAACAAACUGUCAGAUGUUUGACACUUUCUGCGCGCUAAAACUUUGACAUCCGCACCAUUCAAACAAGUGUACAAUAACUCAGUGAAUCAUACGGUUUUUGUUUGUUGAAAGCGAAUGUUGUUUGUUGAAUAGUUUGUAAUGUUUUAGUUUCGUGACCAGAAACAAAUAUUAGCCGGUAAAAUGUCAUCGAUGUCGGCGUUGUUGAUGCAAAUCAAGCAAAUAGUGUUGAUUGAUUUGAAAAGUGAUAAAGCAACUGUGCGUACAAAAUGCUUGGAUGAAUUUCACAAUAUUUUCGAUAGUCGUUCAAAAGACUUGUGUGCCAUAUUAAGAGCGAAUAACAACAAUCGUUCGGAUGAUGAUGAUCAUGAAACAUUCACAUGGUCUGAAUUAUUUUCCGGUCUUCAUGAAGCACUCAAGGAUCAAUGUAUGCGGAUCGACGCGACUCAAAAUAAAAAGAGCCUAAUUGCCAAGAACAACGCAUACAAAGAAGCAUUGCGAAAAUGCAUUAAUGCGGCCAACGAACACGUUCCAAAUGUGUCGUACGCAAGAAUCUGUAAUGCGGCUUUCGAGUGCUUUGAUAUACCGUCCAUUUCCAUUUACUUCGACGAAUUGUACUUGCAAAUCGUCUGGAAACACAUUUUGAGUGCAAAACACAGCCUCAGCGAAAUCAGAGUUGCAGAUUGGAGCAGUUUACUUUCACACAUUUUCAAACUGUACGAUCAACGGAACAGCCAAAUUAAGAAGAUUGAAAUUUUGCAAUGUAUUCCGUUGAUACUGCGAAAAGGUGCAAAGUAUCGAUAUUUGGUCAGCGAGAUGCAUCAGUAUCUUCCCAAUGUCAUUCGAAUCGUGAACGAUGGACAACUGCAAAAUCAGCCCAAUUCACAGAAACAAAUUCUACAGAUCGUUUAUGAACUAAUUCGAAACCUGGCAGUCAAUCAGCGAUUGUCUGUCAUCGGGUUCACAGAAUCAGUUUUGGAGAAGCUGUUAAAAUUCUAUCAAUUCUCAAUGGAUCCCGAUUUCAAGGUCAAUUUGUUGAAGAUAAUGCACAUUUCGAUUGUGGUCCAUUCGCCCGAGCCAAACAGCUUCGAGAGCUCAUUGAAUGAAAUGUCUGAUCAAAGCGAUGAUUUAUUCAAAAGCAACGUAGCUGAGGAUGCACAACUGUGGCACAAGCAUUUGCGGAACAUGCUGAGCAUUGUUGAACGUGAGAUAACGGAAUCACGUAAGCGAUCCCAUCGCUUGAAUCCGAUACCAAAAAUUUGCCCGAUUUUUGUUGAAAUGUCAGCUAAACUUUGUUCGGUGGUUUAUUGGAAAGAGGAUGUUUGGAACAGUAGCAACGACGAGCAACAACAGAAAAGACGUCGUCAUUCGAUGAGAUUGGAGAGAAUUUUCGAACUGAUCGAAUAUGAACCGUCGAAAUUUUGCUGGAGAUGGUUCGCUAUUUUAUCGCAGCUAUUGGUCGACUUUCCGCAUUUACUGCAAGCAGAAGAUUAUCAGUCGCUGUUGAAGUUAUUGGUGGAUUUCAAGCCGACAAUUCAACAUGCAUUGCACAUGAGCCACUUCAUUCACAUUGUCGAUGUCAUGCUCGGCAAAGAGCAAGAGCUAAAAUCGACCUCCGAAUACGUCCGAGAGUCAUUUUGCACGGAGCAUUGGCACAAAAUAAUGGAUCUAUCAUUCAAACAAGCGGCCACCGAUAAAAUUCAAUUGGAAAAUUUGGAUUUGAUGCGCAUUUUAGUCGAAAACAAAGUGAUUGUCUCGCACGACUUCAUCAAAGAAGUGAUCAGCGAAGUGACAAAGAUGUCACACAUCAAAAAGUCACAUCAAUCUGUCAAUCUAUUGAUCAGUAUUUUUCGCAAUGUGAACAUUGACAUGAUCGAGAGUGGCUCAACGUUGAAGAUCACUGUGAUCAAGUGGCUGAGCGCAAAAGUUAAACUGUCCGAAUUGAAGAAGGUUAUCGAAAGCAAUGGCACAAUUGAUAAACAAUUGAUCUCAGAAUUGUAUGUGUUGUGUGUUUUGUCACGACAAGAAAAUACAAACAAAAGAAGCUACAAAAUGGAGAAGGCCAAUGUCCCAGAGGAUGCGGAUGUGCUAGAGGAUGUGGAAGUAUCAGAGGAUGCAGAUGUGCUAGAGCAUAAGAUGUUCAUUGCUGACAUGGUUCAAAAUCUUCAAUAUCGAAUGUUGUCCAAAUUGAUUGUUAGCGAUAAUUUACAAUGCACCAAAAAGGAUGAGCCGCAUUCAAUCGAAGUUUUACCCGAGAAGAAGAAUGACGUCAAAGCAUUCAUAAACGAAACGAUUUUUGGUGAAUUGGAAAAUGCGAUUCAUGAUGAGAGCUCAAACGAUAAUGUCAACAGUACUAAUGAGACAUCGCUGGAAAAUUUUCAUUCUGUUUCGACGUCAUUUGUAACGUACGUGAAUAUAUUGAAUGCACUGGUUGGCUAUGAGUCGAUCGACAGCGAAAAUUUCUACAAAUAUUUGUCGAAACGAGUAUUCCUGAAGGUCGGACAGCUCAAUUCAAUCGUCAGCAAUUUCAGCAGCUCAUUCAAUAUUGACCGAAAUCCGAAUGAUGUUAACGAAGUUGUCGAAGGAUUGCUGAGCAUUUGGCAUGAUAAAUAUCAUGCGAUCAUCGCCGAAAACAUGUUCAUUGUUGCCAACAAUGUAUCAAUCAUUCAGUGGCUAACGGAACAACUGAAACCAAGCCGACGAGAAGAGUCGUUGGUUUUGACACCACUUCGAACAAUCGGUCAACUUGGCUUUGAAGAACGAAUUCACCUCAAAUGUUUGACGCUUUUGGCCCAGUUUUCCGCCUAUGACAACGAAAAUGACGACGAAAGCGAAACACAUGUGUUUGAAGCGAUCUCAGAGUACGAAUUCAACUACAAACGUAAUGAAGAUUUGUUCAUAUUGUUUCAAUUGAUCAAGAUCAUUCUUAACCAAAGACACCCGUCUGAAACAUUGACCGAAUGGGCAUUCUCGGAAAUGAAAGAAAUUUGUAUGCGUCUCACAUCGCAUCAUGGUUACAUGGAAAUGGUUGUGGAAAAUAUUCCAGCUUUGAUCAAAUGUGUCAAGCCAUACACUGAUUUGCACGACGAUUUGAUAAAUUUACUGUCAUCAUUUCUGAAGCAAAUCAAAUCGAAGAAAUACGGUCCACAUAUUAGCAUAAAAAUCAUCAAAAGUGCCCAUUAUUUUGCUCAGGAAUUUUUCUACAUUGAAGAUGGCUUCGAUAUCAUUGUAUUUCUGCAUCGUUUUCUACAAUCUAAGUAUUUAACCAUUCAAUUUGCCACAGUCGCCUGUUUGACCGAUAUUUUCAAUAAAAAUUGGUUGAUUUAUCAAGAAGACGAAGUGAACUGCUUGGCAAUACAAGAGUUUCAUACGAAAUUGGUGGAAAAACUAAAUAUUGAUGAGUUGUCCGUUGAAGAUGUAAAUGAUAUCGAUCGAAAGACAUGCAUUGUUUCAACUCGACUGCAGCUUUACUGUUCAAUCAUUGGAGCGUGUUACCCAUUGAGACGGCGAACGUGGUUUUAUCUCAUUGCAUUUUGUGGGCAACAUCUCAAAAUGAAUGAAGGAAAAACGGUUGAUAUUGUGGCAAAACUGUGCAAUGAUGUGUUUCACACAACACCAUCAGUCUUAUUAUCCGAUUUGUUUCCACAUCUCGUUUCCUUGUGGAUUGACAACGACUACCAUUUGACCAGAUUUCCAGCGAAGCUAACGCUAAGCGAAACGCACAAUGAUUUCAUCGUCGAAUACAUAGAUACGAUCACAUUGCGAAUUCUGUUGUACAAAUCCGAGUUCAUCCCAGAACUGUUAAAAAUGACCGAAUCCACUUCGCUUUCAGAACUUUUGUCGUUGCCAGUUUUGAUCAAAUGUUUGGCCCACUUAACGUCCGUACAAGUAUCGCAAUCAGCGUCUAGAGAGAACAAAGCAAAGGCUGUGAAUAUGCUGAAGAUUCUAAGAAAGGAAAAACCACGCAUUGAAGACUACUUUGAUUCUCAUGCACUUGAAAUAAUCGAGGAACUACUGAACAAUAUGUGGGAUGUGGAUAAAUUCCGCGAGUAUUUCGAUACCGAAGUCGAAUACGUCACCGAUGAACAGUCCAUCGAUCACAAAGUAUUCCUGAAGUCGCUGGAGUACAUUCAGCAAAAGGCUAUGAAUCACUCGAACAUCGUUCAUCACUACUGUGAAAUGUCACCAAGAAAAGUCGUGAAUAUGUUGUAUUCGUUGAAAUUGCUUUGGCAAAAGUCCGUGUGUGAUGAGCUUAAACAUUCACAAAUGUUGAGAAUCUGUGUGUUCAUCGAUAUAAUUGUGGAUUUUCUGAUUGAAAAUGCCACAAAGCCGAAUCAAUCAAGUAUUAUUGGAUUUUUUGUUCGAGAUUUUGUGUAUUUCAUUGGCAAUACAAUCAGCAGCGACUGCAGUGAUAAACUUAAAUUGGCCACAUGCAAAUAUUUCUACAAAUUUUGUGAUAAACUUUUGCCCGCUUGCGCAGAAUACCUUCAGAAUCAUCUAAAUUACAUUGUGUCGAUUUUAAUGCCAAUCACCAAAAGUAAAUCACCACCGAAGAUUUGCGAAGCUGGUAUGCAUCUGCUACGAUUCUUGAUUGUCGAACAAAGAGAUGUGCUAAAGACAGCGAUUGGUCAGUUGGACAGUUUCCCGAAGCUAGAAGAGUUCAACGAACUGAGCCAAAUUCAAAGCGAUGUGAAAUACAAUGGAAAGACAUUUACACUACUCGAUGAAAUCGAAUACUUUUUGUCCGUGGACAAAAGAAAGAUCGAAGGACUAUUGUCGCUCAAGGAACAUCUUUCGAAUAAGAAAAAUGAGCUUGAGGAUAUUUACAAAAUGUUAUACGAUACGCGUGGUUUCUCGGAAGAUUGUGAGCGAAGCCCCAUUCAUCGAUUGAUCUCGGCAUUGCUCACGCAAAUCGUUCAGAACGUAGAUAGUGAAAAGAGUGUGAUAGCAGCAAAAUGUUUAGGUGAACUUGGGCCCAGUGAUCUUGGAUCCAUAGCACUGAAAUUCGAUACACAGUUGCAGACGUACAAAAUUUGCAAAACAUUCGAAGAUGCCGUUUCAAAUCUGUGCGAGCACGCAUUGGAGAAACUGAAUGGAAUUUUCAUUCAUAGCGAUGCAACGGUGCUACAAACGGCAGCCGAAGCAUGCAAACAUUUACUACAAUCACAAAAAGCGGUGUCGUUCUUAGACAAAUACCCAUUGCUGAAAGUGUUUGAAACGGGUGCUGUGACAGAGUUACCGCUUCAUCAGAGCGAUCAGCAGCAGCUAGAUUUCGAAAAACUCUUCAGCGAUAACGCUUUCCGUAAAGCACACUCAUUUUGGGUGAAAAGUUUGGCCAUUGAACUGUUCACGCUAUUCAGUGGCGACCCAUUAGCUCAAGUAGCUGCGAAACAAACGCAAUUUUCCACGGUGAUGAUUCCUUUGUUGAUCAAAGCACUCUUGACCACCAAAAAUGCUGGCCAUAAACAAACUCUGAACACGGCAAUAAAUCGGUUCUUUGCAAAAACAUUCGAGCGAUUGACUGCAACUGGAGAAGUGAUUGUUGCCAACGAGACCCAAUCAUCGACACCCGUAUACCUGAACAAGGUGUCAAUAAAACUGAUGUUGAAUGUCGCUGAAUGUAUUCGAGUGCACAAUCAAACCAUCUUCAGUUCGACACCAGGCGCACAAUUGAAACUAAACUAUUUGCACAUUGCAAAAGCCGCAUUGUUCUGCGAAGCAUAUUUUACGGCAAUUUUGUAUGGAGAAUUGGCUUCGUAUGAAAAGCACGAAGGAACCAAACAGGCAGAGAUUCAAUCGAUCAUGAAGAAUUCAUAUCAAUCGAUCGGUGAAACAGAUGCUGUAUCGGCUUUCCUUGAUCCAAUCACCCAAAAAAUGGAAUAUUUGGAAUUGAAUGGAUGCUGGAACGAAAUACUGAUUGGAAUUGAUGCACAAACAAAUGAUUUUACGCAAAAUUCGAGAUAUUUGAUGGGGGCUGGUCUGUAUAGUCUCUCAAACAAACUCGCUCAAGGCAACGACACACCAAAUUACGAAUGUGCAUGGCGUUUGGCUGAUUGGGGAAUCGUUGAAGGCAGCUCAGAAAACGCAAAUCAGAAAGAAGUCAUUGAUGCAAACGGGUUUGAUAAGUAUCAUUACUUUGCUUUGAAAAGCCUACAGCAAAAAGACCAAAUCGGAGCUAAUCUAAAUGUGAAACGAGCAUUCGAAGCAGUCAUUAAGAUGUUCAAGCAAUCAAGCUAUGAAUGCACGAAGAACAUUUACAAGAACCUCAUGAUGUUGCACUUGUUGCUGCAAAUCGAAGAAUUUGGCUAUGUACAAUUUCCAGGCACCGAUGAUCCGAAUCAUGGUCCAGAAUUUGUAAUCAACAAGUGGAAGAAUCAAGAUCGAAUAGCAUCAUGCGGAUUUAAAUACCGCGAACCAAUUUUGGCGCAACGUGUCACAUUACUCGAAUCGGCUGGCGUACGUGCCAAGCGAAAGUUCGAGAGCGUGUGCAAAUUUGGUGAUGGUAUUCAGCAGAUGAUAUUGAAUCUAGUGGCUGAAUGCCGAGAAGAAGAUUUUCUGAAUUUAGGCGAACGAUAUUCAGCCGCUCUGCACAAAAAGGCUCUAAAUCGUGAAAUGAAGGCCAGAGCUUUCAUCGAAGAUGCCCAACUAAACUGGAAACGUGGUGAAUCAGAAAUGGCGCAACUGUUAAUAGCAAAUGUGAUUAAACAAGAGUUUCCCUCAUUAACGCGUGCCAAGGCAUUUGGAAUAAUGGGGGAGUACUUGGCAGAGGCACGUCUGGAGGAUACGAAAACCAUCAUAAAAUCAUACUUCAAGGAAUCGAGCCGAUUUUCGGAAGGAUGUCGUAAAGUCAGCGAUCAAAUUAAACCUGACAGCCCAUACUAUGUACCACCCGAAGAACGCGAACGAUUGCACUUGGAAAACAUGAAGCGUAAUCAUUCAGCGAUCGCCAAAUAUGCCGAUAGAGAAUAUCAACAGAUUGCCGCCUAUAAAAAUUCGGCAGAAUUCGAAAAGAAAGUCACAAAUAUCAAGCGAAAUCAAGAAAUCCUUGCUGAAAUGACGAAAGCCAAGAGCCUUACGAAAGAUGAACACAGAUCAGUACAACAAGUGCAGAAAUUUGUCUCCCUCGAUGAAUCGGACGUAGAGUCAACGAAUGCCGAUUAUAAACACUAUCUGCACACGGCAGUUUUACAUUACAUCGACAGUUUGAUGCUUGAAAGUAACACUGAAAUGAACAGCUCGGCCAUGUUUCGUUUGUUCAGUCUAUGGUCGUCGAAUUCUUCGGACGCGGACAUUUUGAAAGACAUCGAAGAAAAUCACAAACGAAUCCCAACAUACAAAUUCAUUCCGCUGAUGACGCAGAUAACCACACACUUGAGCACCGAUGGAAUGAAGAAGACGAUUGAAGACAUAAUCCUGCGAUGUGCAUUGGAGCACCCACACCACGUGCUACCCAAAGUGCUGGCACUGGUCAAUGCAUUCAAGGAUGACGAGUUUAUCCACGAUGCGAAGAACAGAUCAUCGAUAUCGAGUUCACCCCGAAUCGAUGCCGCCUUUAAGCUGCUGCAAGUGAUGAAAGGUCGUCGAGAGCUGCGAGACAUCAUCUUUCAAAUGGAACUAAUGUUCGAAAAUCUCAUCCGAUUGGCAAACACAGAUCUGAAAGACAAGAAAGAAUUCCCAUCGAAUGAUCCGAUACGAAAGAUUCGAGAUUUGAAUUUGGUUCACUGUCCAACGGUAAAUUUGCCGGUCAGUAUUUCGGGUGAUUACACCAAGACUCGAGUUGGUAUUCACAGAUGGAAGACGACAUUCACUCAACCGGGCGGCAUCAAUGCGCCAAAACGAAUUGAGUGCAUCGGAUCGAAUGGUAUCCAGUAUUCACAAUUGCUAAAAGGGACAGACGAUUUGCGUCAAGAUGCUGUUAUGCAACAGGUGUUCACCAUAAUGAACGAUAUGCUGAGUCAGUCGAGAGUUACGAAGAAGGAUCGAUUGCACGUGCGUACCUACAUCAUUGUACCAUUAUCACAGCGCAGUGGCAUUUUGGAAUGGUGUGAAAACACAAUGCCAUUGACUGACUACCUCGUUGGAUCAUCGUCUCGAAAAGGUGCACACGAACGCUUCCGACCACAAGAUUGGUCGCCAAAAGUGUGUCGCAAACAAAUGAGCCAAAUAACGCUGCGCAACUCAAAGCUCGAUAAAAUCCAUGAAAAUUACAAAACAAUUUGUGACAACAUCAAGCCAGUGUUUCAUCAUUUCUUCUUGGAACACUUCAAUAAUCCUGGCGUUUGGUUUGAACGGAGAAUGGCUUACGCACACAGUCUUGCGACAACAUCGAUGAUCGGAUACAUUCUUGGCAUUGGCGAUCGUCAUGUUAGCAAUAUAUUGAUCGAUAAAACAACCGCGGAAUUGAUUCAUAUCGAUUUUGGUAUUGCAUUCGAACAAGGAAAAUGUUUACCGACACCAGAAUUGAUUCCAUUCCGGUUGACACGAGACUUGGUCGACGCACUUGGUCCAUCCGGUGUCGAAGGUGUUUAUCGAAAAUCAUGCGAGAAAACAAUGGAAGUUCUGCGCAAAAACAAAUCAACCAUACUAACGAUUGUUGAAGUUUUGCUACAUGAUCCGCUGUACGCAUGGGCUUUGACAAGUAAUCAAGCAUCGAAACGACAGCAGACCGACAUUCAGAUCAACGAAGAAGAUCAAGAUAUAAACACGAUGGCCGAACGUGCUCUAUGGCGCUUAGAAGAGAAACUCGAUGGAAAACACGUUAGCCGAAGUGAAGGAAUUUCGGUGAAGCGACACGUUGAAAUUCUGUUCAAAGAAGCUAUGAACGACAAACUGUUAUGCAGAUUAUUCGUAGGAUGGCAACCAUACCUUUGAAUUGAUGCUUGUGUCGUCAUUAGAUCAAUAAAUAAAAGAAAUUGCAUCAUUAUAUGACCAUUUAUUAUAAAAUAAAAUUUACAAUUUUCAUUAUUAAAAAAA